CAGGAGGCGAACCUUCCCCCCCCUCUGCUCAGACCCCCCCUUCUGUGGAGGGAAAGUGGCCUUUCCCUUUUCCACCCACCCGUGUUUGCAGAAGAGGCCAUGGACUUUCCUGAGCCAGAGAAGGUCACAUCAGACCCAGAAUGGAUCAAGCAGGAGGAGGACUCAGAUGCCACUCCAUUGGGAGAUGGAGUGUGGAUUCCAGCAAUAUGUUCUCCAUCCUUUCAUUGUGGUGAGGUGGAAGCAGCUUCUGUUUGGCUGGAUCAGGUGACUUUUGAAGAUGUGGCUGUGUAUUUCACCGAGGAGGAGUGGAGCUUGUUGGAUCCAGACCAAAGGGCCCUGCACAGGGAAGUCAUGGAGGAGAAUUGGAGGAUGGUGGCCUCCCUGGAAGAGCAAGACUCGGCUGGCCCACGGGCAUCAAGAGAGCCUCUUGCAACCCAGGCUGGGAGCAGUGAGGAAUUCUGGGAAAGGACUAUGCAGAAGGCCCUGGGAGGAGAAAGGCAGGAUGCAGGAGAACCAGGCGGGGUGUUGUUCCAAACAGCCAGAUGUAAAGAAGAGGAACAGGAGAGCACAAUACCUGAAGCUAAACAGAAGGGGAGGAAGGAAUCCUCUGCUUCUCAAGAUGGUGACGUCUGUAAAAUCUCAGACAAAGAAAAGAAGGGCAAAGGAAAAGAAAGGAAUCAGUGCCCUAUGUGUGGGAAAAGGUUCAAAUGGAAAUCGAGACUUGAUGCUCACCAUAAAGUCCACACAGGAGAGAAGCCAUUUAAAUGUUUGGAGUGUGGAAAGAGCUUCAGUGAAAAGUCAAACCUCAAUAGUCAUCGAAGAAUCCACACGGGGGUGAAACCAUUUAAAUGUCUGGAGUGUGGGAAGAGCUUUAAUAGGAAAGGGACCCUUGUUUUUCAUCAAAGAAUCCACACAGGGGAGAAGCCAUAUAAAUGCAAAUGGUGUGGAAAGAGCUUUAGACAGAAGAGCAAUCUCACUACUCAUGAAAAAAUCCACACAGGGGAGAGUCCUUUUAAAUGCCUAGAGUGUGGAAAGAGCUUUAUCAGCAAACAGUCCCUUAUUUCACAUCAAAGAAUUCACACUGGCAUGAAACCUUUUACAUGCCUGGAGUGUGGAAAGAGCUUUAUUGGCAAAUACUCCCUUAUUUCACAUCAAAGCAUUCAUACAGGGGAGAAACCUUUUACAUGCUUGGAGUGUGGAAAGAGCUUCACUAGCAAACACUCUCUUAUUUCACAUCAAAGCAUUCAUACAAGGGAGAAACCUUUUAAAUGUCUGGAGUGUGGAAAGUGCUUGAUUCGCAAAUACUCCCUUAUAUUACAUAAAAGAAUGCACACUGGGGAGAAACCAUUUAAAUGUUUGGAGUGCGAGAAGAGUUUCACUAGCAAGCGCUCCCUUAUUUCACAUCAAAGCAUUCAUACAGGCAAGAACACUUUUAAAUGCCUGGAAUGUGGAAAGAGCUUUAUUUUUAAACACUCCCUUACGUUACAUCAAAACAUUCACACAGAAGAGAACCCUUUUAAAUGCCUGGAGUGUGGAAAGAGCUUUAUUAGCAAGCACUCCCUUAUUUCACAUCAGAGAAUUCACACAGGAGAGAACCCUUUUAAAUGCCUGGAGUGUGGAAAGAGCUUUAUUGGCAAAUACUCCCUUAUCUCACAUCAAAGCACCCACACAGGGGAGAAACCUUUUAAAUGCCUGGAGUGUGGAAAAAGUUUCACUAGCAAACGCUCCCUUAUUUCACAUCAGAAAAUUCAUACAGGAGAAAACCUUUUUAAAUGCCUGGAGUGUGGAAAGAGCUUUAUUAGCAAGCCCUCCCUUAUUUCACAUCAGAGAAUUCACACAGGAGAGAACCCUUUUAAAUGCCUGGAGUGUGGAAAGAGCUUUAUUGGCAAGUACUCCCUUAUCUCACAUCAAAGCACCCACACAGGGGAAAAACCUUUUAAAUGCCUGGAGUGUGGAAAAAGUUUCACUAGCAAACGCUCCCUUAUUUCACAUCAGAAAAUUCAUACAGGAGAAAACCUUUUUAAAUGCCUGGAGUGUGGAAAGAGCUUUAUUAGCAAGCCCUCCCUUAUUUCACAUCAGAGAAUUCACACAGGAGAGAACCCUUUUAAAUGCCUGGAGUGUGGAAAGAGCUUUAUUCGCAAACACUCUCUUAUUUCACAUCAGAGCAUUCACACAGGGGAGAAACCUUUUAAAUGCCUGGAGUGUGGAAAAAGUUUCACUAGCAAACGCUCCCUUAUUUCACAUCAGAAAAUUCAUACAGGAGAAAACCUUUUUAAAUGCCUGGAGUGUGGAAAGAGCUUUAUUAGCAAGCCCUCCCUUAUUUCACAUCAGAGAAUUCACACAGGAGAGAACCCUUUUAAAUGCCUGGAGUGUGGAAAGAGCUUUAUUCGCAAACACUCUCUUAUUUCACAUCAGAGCAUUCACACAGGGGAGAAACCUUUUAAAUGCCUGGAGUGUGGAAAAAGUUUCACUAGCAAACGCUCCCUUAUUUCACAUCAGAAAAUUCAUACAGGAGAAAACCUUUUUAAAUGCCUGGAGUGUGGAAAGAGCUUUAUUAGCAAGCACUCCCUUAUUUCACAUCAGAGAAUUCACACAGGAGAGAACCCUUUUAGAUGCCUGGAGUGUGGAAAGAGCUUUAUUCGCAAACACUCUCUUAUUUCACAUCAGAGCAUUCACACAGGGGAGAAACCUUUUAAAUGCCUGGAGUGUGGAAAAAGUUUCACUAGCAAACGCUCCCUUAUUUCACAUCAGAAAAUUCAUACAGGAGAAAACCUUUUUAAAUGCCUGGAGUGUGAUAAAAGGUUUAUUAUCAAACGCUCACUUAUGUUACAUCAAAACAUUCACACAGAAGAGAACCCUUUUAAAUGCCUGGAGUGUGGAAAGAGCUUUAUUGGCAAACACUCUCUUAUUUCACAUCAGAGCAUUCACACAGGGGAGAAACCUUUUAAAUGCCUGGAGUGUGGAAAGAGCUUUAUUCGCAAACACUCUCUUAUUUCACAUCGGAGCAUUCACACAGGGGAGAAACCUUUUAAAUGCCUGGAGUGUGGAAAGAGCUUUAUUGGCAAAUACUCUCUUAUUUCACAUCAGAGCAUUCACACAGGGGAGAAACCUUUUAAAUGCCUGGAGUGUGGAAAAAGUUUCACUAGCAAACGCUCCCUUAUUUCACAUCAGAAAAUUCAUACAGGAGAAAACCUUUUUAAAUGCCUGGAGUGUGGAAAGAGCUUUAUUAGCAAGCACUCCCUUAUUUCACAUCAGAGAAUUCACACAGGAGAGAACCCUUUUAAAUGCCUGGAGUGUGGAAAGAGCUUUAUUCGCAAACACUCUCUUAUUUCACAUCAGAGCAUUCACACAUGGGAAAAACCUUUUAAAUGCCUGGAGUGUGGAAAAAGUUUCACUAGCAAACACUCCCUUAUUUCACAUCAGAAAAUUCAUACAGGAGAAAACCUUUUUAAAUGCCUGGAGUGUGAUAAAAGCUUUAUUAUCAAACGCUCACUUAUGUUACAUCAAAACAUUCACACAGAAGAGAACCCUUUUAAAUGCCUGGAGUGUGGAAAGAGCUUUAUUGGCAAACACUCUCUUAUUUCACAUCAGAGCAUUCACACAGGGGAGAAACCUUUUAAAUGCCUGGAGUGUGGAAAGAGCUUUAUUCGCAAACACUCUCUUAUUUCACAUCAGAGCAUUCACACAGGGGAGAAACCUUUUAAAUGCCUGGAGUGUGGAAAGAGCUUUAUUCGCAAACACUCUCUUAUUUCACAUCAGAGCAUUCACACAGGGGAGAAACCUUUUAAAUGCCUGGAGUGUGGAAAGAGCUUUAUUCGCAAAGGCUCUCUCAUUUCACAUCAAAGCAUUCAUACAUGAGAGAACCCUUUUAAAUGCUGGAGUGUGAAAAUACUUUCAGGAAGAUCAGGGAUCUUAAUAGCCAUAAAAUAACUCAUGAAGAACCAGAAAUUUUAGAAUGUGAAGUGAAAGCUGCUCUUAAAAUUCUUGGAAGAAACAAAUCACCAGGAAUAGACGGCAUACCAAUAGAGUUGCUACAAGCUACUGAGACUGAAUCGGUCCAAAUUUUGACAAAAAUGUGUCAAGAAAUAUGAAAAACUAAACAAUGGCCCACAGACUGGAAGCGUUUAAUAUAUAUCCCACUUCCAAAGAAAGGGGAUCCCAGAGAAUGCAGUAAUUACCGAACUAUUGCCUUAAUAUCCCAUGCAAGUAAAGUAAUGCUCAAGAUUCUACAACAAAGGCUCUUACCGUAUAUGGAGCGAGAAAUGCCAGACGUCCAAACUGGAUUUAGAAAGGGAAGAGGCACCAGAGAUCAUAUCGUAAACAUACAUUGGAUAAUGGAACGGAACAAGGAAUUUCAGAAGAAAAUCACCCUGUGCUUUAUAGAUUACAGCAAA